GCGCUUCCGCGUUGGCGAGGGCGCCGGUCCGCAGCCGCAGGGUGUGGGCUAGGGCGCCGGACCCCACGCUCGCCUGUGGCCCGCCCCGCCCGGCUCUGCCGGUCUGUGAGGGCCUGGCUUGCCGCCUCUCAGGCGACCCGAUGACCUCGGAGGGCCUGGCGGGGGCGCUGGCGGCAGUGCUGGGGGCCCGGGGGCUGAUCGUGCAGGGCUGUGACUCGGAACCGGCCGGGAAGCCUCCGGCGCCGGUGCGGCUGCAGAAGAACGUCAGCUACGUGGUGCUGGCCGUGUUCCUCAACGAGCAGGAUGAGGUGCUACUGAUCCAGGAGGCCAAGAGAGAAUGCCGGGGGUCUUGGUACCUGCCCGCGGGGAGAAUGGAGCCUGGAGAGACCAUUGUGGAGGCGCUGCAGCGGGAGGUGAAGGAGGAGGCUGGGCUGCACUGUGAGCCUGUGACGCUGCUGUCUGUGGAGGAGCGGGGCCUCUCCUGGAUCCGCUUUGUGUUCCUCGCUCACCACACAGGUGGAAUUCUCAAGACUUCCAGUGAGGCAGAUGAGGAGUCCCUGCAGGCUGCCUGGUACCCUCGGACCUCCCUGCCCACUCCACUGCGGGCACAUGAUAUCCUGCACCUGAUUGAGCUAGCUGCACAGUACCGCCAGCAAGCCAGUCACCCUCGAAUUCUGCCCCAAGAGCUUUCUUGCAGUGUGGUCUGCCAGCGGCUUGUGGCCACCUUUACCAGCGUCCAGACAGUGUGGGUGUUAGUGAGCACAGUGGGCGUGCCUCACUUGCCUGUCACUGUCUCUGGCCUCACCCCCAUGGAGCAGAGGGGUGGCAUCAAGAUGGCUGUCCUGAGGCUGCUGCAGGAGUGUCUGACCCUGCACCAUUUGGUGGUGGAGACCAAGGGGUUACUUGGACUGCAUCACCUGGGCAGAGACCAUUCAGAUGGUAUUUGUCUGAAUAUGCUGGUGACUGUGGCUUUUCGGAAUCCAGGUGUCCAGGAUGAGCCUCCAAAGAUUCGGGGUGAGAACUUCUCUUGGUGGAAGGUGAUGGAGGAAGACCUACAAAGCCAGCUGCUACGGCGGAUUCAGGAAUCCUCUGUUGUCCCAGUGAACAGAUAGGAAGCGGGCAGCAAGGGCCGGGAGCUGGGCAGCUGUGCUCCCUUCGGUGUGGCUUUGCCUCCCGCUGACGGAGGCAGGAGGCUGUUGAUCAGGGAUCUUGUUGCCUUGGGCAUGGGGCAUUCCUGGUUCUUGGGGACUUUCAGGAGCAGGCCCCUACAUUGCACCACAAGGGACUGUACCUUUAACUGAGCAAGGAGUCCUAAGUACAGAACCUGAUUGCCCUGAGGGCACACUGAGGCUUCUCCCUAAGGGGGUGGGAGUGGGGAGUUCUCUAAACCCCAGAUGACAUUUGCUAAUCACUUUCUGUGUCCACUUUGGCAAAGGCCUGGGUCCUGAUCUCACCACGCCCUUAGAACCUGGAGGGGCACCUUGCUGAGUAAAUAGGUGUUGCUGACCUUGUCUUCCCUGCCUGAAUGUUUCUGUAGGAAAGAAGCAAGGAGGAACUGCUGCUGUCCCAGAGAGCUGCUGCUCCUUUUUGGCCACCCAGGCUUUUCCCAGACACUGCUGGGGCUGUCUCCAUCUUGCCUGUGGGGGAGGAUGUGACUGUCCCUAAGGAAACACAACUCUGAGCAUUGCAAGGCUGGGGCAGUGGGGACCCUAGGGGAGCUCCAGGUGGGAUGGGAGGUGGGAACACUGGCCUGAUUCCUGUCUCCCUGGGCCUCCCUGGCUCAGAACCUCCUUUUCCUCCACCUUUUUCCAGCCUCAACCCAAGCCUAACCAAAUCUUUUCUUCAUUUCCCCUCAGCUCAGCUGAAUCAUAGCAGGACUUUUUUUUUUUUUUUUUAAUAACACCACUAAAAUUUAAGGGCAAACCAAAAGAAAUGAAGAAAAUAUAAGAUUAUUCAUCACCACA